UAAUAUAAUAGAAUAGAAUGUUUAUUGUUGUUCUCAGUUGGGUUGCAAUUUUUGUUCUCUCUUAAUACUACAAAAGAAAAAGAAGAAUACCGUAGAAGAUUUGAAAAUUUUUGAGAGCAGAGAGAAUAGAGAGUUUAAAGAGUAGAUUUUGGUACGUGGGUUAGUUAAUCUUAAUCCUAUGUGAGCUGGAUCCACUCUCCCAGGAGUGACCCACUUUGAAUAAAAUAUUUCGAUAACCCAAUGAACAACGAGCCCCUAAAUAACAGAGAAAUCCGAGCUCCAACUAGGAAAACAGGGUUCUUCAACCGUUCUGCUCCAAUCUCUAAGAGCUGUAUAUAAAAAAAUUUCUCUUUCAAACACCCUUUUUUCUUAUUCCUUCUCUGAUUUCAGUUAAACCCCAGAUGGAUUUUCUUAAUUUUCCCACUUUUUGAGUCCAAAGUUAAGUGGGAAAUGCAGCUUUCUCAAUUUUGGGUGUUUUUCUUGAUUUCGUUUGUUUGAGAUUUGGGGUAUUCAAGGGUAAAUCUGAAUCAAGUUGAGGGAUCGAUGUCUACGGCCAGUUCCAGUUCUGUAAGGAAAGCUAGUGAAGCUGUUCCCGACCAGUUUCCAGCCGGCCUUCGUGUUUUGGUUGUGGAUGAUGAUCCAACUUGUCUUAUGAUCUUGGAGAAGAUGCUUCGUAUUUGCCGCUAUGAAGUAACAAAUUGUAAUCGAGCGGAGGAUGCACUCUCUCUACUCAGGCAGUACAAAAAUGGGUUCGAUAUCGUUUUGAGUGAUGUUCACAUGCCAGACAUGGAUGGAUUCAAACUUCUGGAAUACAUUGGAUUAGAAAUGGACUUGCCUGUAAUCAUGAUGUCGGUGGAUGAUGGGAAAAACGUUGUCAUGAAGGGAGUGACUCAUGGUGCUUGUGACUAUUUAAUAAAACCUGUUCGAAUUGAAGCGCUGAAGAACAUAUGGCAGCAUGUUGUUCGCAAGCGGAAGAAUGAAUGGAAGGACUUGGAGCAAACUUGUGUUGACGAUGUAGAUCGGCAGCAAAAAACAAAUGAAGAUGCAGAUUAUUCAUCCUCUGCUAAUGAAGGUAGUUGGAGGAACUCAAAGAGGAGGAAGGAUGAUGUAGAAGAUCCAGAGGAGAGGGAUGAUUCAUCAACCUUAAAGAAACCGAGGGUUGUUUGGUCUGUUGAGCUCCAUCAACAGUUUGUGGCUGCUGUCAAUCAACUAGGAAUUGAUAAGGCUGUUCCGAAGAAGAUUCUGGAGUUGAUGAAUGUCCCUGGACUCACUAGAGAAAAUGUUGCCAGCCACCUUCAGAAAUAUCGCUUGUACCUGAGAAGGCUAAGUGGAAUCGCACAACACCAGAGUAAUUUAAACAACACAUUCAUGAGUGCCCAAGAUGCAUUUGGCCCGCCACUGAACGGCCUUGAUUUACAAACUCUUGCUGCUGCUGGUCAACUCCAGCCACAAAGCCUUGCUACACUUCAAGCAGCUGGAUUUGGUAGGUCUACAGCAAAAUCUGGGAUGCCUAUGCCUCUUGUCGAUCAAAGGAACCACAUUUUUAGCUUUGAAAAUCCAAAGUUGAGAUUUGGUGAUGGGCAGCAGCCGCAUUUGAAUGGUAGUAAACCUAUGAAUCUACUUCAUGGAAUUCCGACAACUAUGGAGCCAAAACAACUUGCUAAUCUCCAGCAUUCUGCACAAUCUCAUGGGAACAUGACAAUGCAAGUUAGUGCCCAAGGAGGCCAAUCUAGCUCUCAACUAAUGCAGACACCUCAACCACAAGCUCGAGCACAGAUCCUUAACGAAAGUACCUCAACUAGUGUAACAAGGCUUCCACAAACAAUGCAGCCCUCAAUUUUGCCGAAUGGGACUACUAGUGCAGUUUUAGCAAGGAAUGAAUUUGGUAAUAACAACAGAGGUGGAGGAUACAAUCUAGUUUCACCAGCUUCAACAAUGUUAAAUUUCCCUUUGAACCAAACUGCAGAAUUGCCUGGUAACAGUUUUCCGCUUCAAAGUACCCCAGGAAUGUCAAGCAUCGUACCAAAGGGAAGAUUCCCAGACGAGGUUAACUCGGACAUUAAAGGAUCUGAAGGGUUUGUGCCAAGCUACGAUAUGUUUAGGGAUCUUCAUCCCCAGAAACCCCAUGAUUGGGACUUGCAGCACGUAGGCGUGACCUUCGAAACAUCUCAAGGUAGUCUCGACAUUCCGCCCUCUGCUUUUUCUCACCAAGGGUAUGCCUCUAGCCAACAAAAUGGACAAAAUAGGAACACAUCUACAGCAGGCAAGGCCAUGUUCUUGUUGGAAGGAGGAAGUGACAAUGGGAAUGCACAAAGUAUGGGGCAACAACUCAACCCUAUUUUCGUCGAUGGUUCGGUGAGAGUUAAAUCUGAAAGAGCUUCUGAUAUUAGCAGUCAAACAGACCUUUUCUCUGAACCCUUUGGUCAGGAGGACCUAAUGAGUUCACUUUUUAAGCAGCAACAAGGAAGCAUUGCAACAGCUGAAAGCGAACUGGAAUGGUUGUUUCAUCAUAAUACUCCUGUUUAGAAUAUUGCUUUAGCUUGGCAGUCAGAGUAUGCCCACUGCUUAGAUUUGGUAAGAGAAGCAUGUGGUUUAGAUGAGGAUGGACCUUUCAAUUCAGCAGACAGACCAUUUAGGCAGAUCACUUUAGCUGUAAUAUUCUGAAGCACAUUUAGCACUAAAGCAUACUAUGCAAAUUGCAUAUGUGCAAGAUUCUUUCGACUGAUUCCACAGAGAGACUAACUCAAGUCUAUUUGUGGAACUGGCCAUUACUGCGGUGCUCUUGACGCAUGGAAUCGAGAUUUUUGACGCAAUUGCAGGUUUUAGGAACCCUCCCGUUUAUGACUCCGAUAACCUACUGAAAUAAUACUCUUUCUAUGUUCAAAGCAAUUGCAGCUCACUUUCAUGUACAUAUUCUGUUAGAUGGUACAAGAAACAAGCCUAGAAAUACUCGGUUAUCCCUUUUGUAUUCCUAAAAUUUUGAGAUUGUCGUUAAUACGUCGUUGCCAUUUA